UUGCCCUCAAUAAGGAUAAACCCUUUUGCUGGUGGCAUCCUAGACUUCUCCUUCUCUUAUCUUUCUCCUCUUAUCUCUUCUUCACUCACUUUCCACUGCAAAAACCAAUGGCUCAUUUAGCUAAUGUAAAUGGUGUCUCAGACACCUUAUUAAAGUUCCCAACCAUUCAAAGAAUCCCUAGAAUAUUGAAAACAAAUGGAGUUGUCUGCAACGGAACAGAUGAAUCUCAGCAAGUACAAAUCACAAGGAGGGUGGCCAUAGGCCUUGCCUCAUCCUCCAUACCUCUUCUUGCCAAUUCCAUCAACAAUGUCUCUCUUGCACAAGACAAUGCUUACUGGACCACUGAUCUUUUACGUAUUCCUCCUGUACACAACAAUAUCGCAAACGAGAAGACGGGAACCCGUUCUUUCUUGAAGAAAGGAGUUUACAUAGCUGAUAUUGGAACAAAAGGAAGAACAUACAGGAUAAAGAAAUAUGCAUUUGAUCUAUUAGCCAUGGCAGAUUUGAUUCGACCUGAUACAUUGAAUUAUGUUAGGAAGUACUUAAGACUCAAGUCCACUUUCAUGUACUACGAUUUCGACAGCCUCAUCUCUGCAGCACCAGUCAAUGAUAAACAGCCUCUCACCGAUUUGGCCAACAGACUGUUCAACAAUUUUGAACAGCUUGAAGAUGCUGCAAAGAUGCAGAACCUGUCACAAACAGAAUCAUACUAUAAAGACACAACAGUUCUUCUCCAAGAGGUCAUGAAUAGAAUGGCAUAAAUCUGGCUGAUUGCCACAUUCAAUCAUCAGGGUCCAAUUCAAUUAUAGAGACUAGAAGAGACAACCAGAUGCAUAGACAUUUAUGAUAUACCAUUAGAAUAUGACAAGGGAGACAAAAACCCUCAUAUAUUAAGUGACUCA